AUGGCGGGAUCUUCGAAUCUUAUAUGCAGAAACAAGGACCCGUCCCCUUCCCCUCGGUUCCCUCGAUCUGGGGAAGCUUUGAACGAAAACUGCUCCCCCAUCUUCAUAUCCCUGCCACCAGCACCCGGAUAUGUUCAAAGCAAGAAGGGAGGGGAUAUUUCCACGAAAGGAAAGGGAUCGUCUGGUGUUGAUGCAGACAUUAUUGUCUUCACCACCAAUGCCUCGACCCAAGACCUGUCGCUUCGCAUAUAUCGCAUCUCAGUAGUCAUUACACCGGGGAUGCACAAUAGGCAGAGUGGUAUUAUCUGGGGCUCGCAACCCGGCAUCGCAUCGGGUCUGAUCGCGGCACAGGGGACGUUGAAGGUGUUGCGCCAAGGCUCAGAGAACUACGUGUACGUGGUGACCACGGAGAAACUGGAGAAUCGCGUGGUGACCAUUUGCUCUCCUCGGAGCCUACCCUCCGGCUCUACGUAUUUGAGUGCAUGGGUAGAAUUCCCUGUUUCACUCGGCCUAGAAGAUGGUGGUCCUCAAGGCAACUCAGAAACAGUUCAAAGACCACCUUAUGAUCCCGCUUCCUAG